AUGGCCGUUUACUACCCGUACGCCCCUCUCAACCUCAUCGAAUCAUCCAUCCGGGUGCUUCGUAUCCAAAAAGGCUGGUGGCCCGACACUAUCAUCUGCCAGCUAUGCGAGUCGUACGCCGACCACGACAAAGGCAUCCCCUACCAAGCUCUCUCCUACACCUGGGGCGGCACCCAAUACCGACCCAGGCGGGGACUCCCAUCAGUACUCGUUGAUGGACACGAGAUUCCCUUGACCGGGAACCUCUACUGGGCCCUGCGACAUAUUCGAAAGUCGGACCAGGAUGUGGUGCUCUGGGUCGAUGCCAUUUGUAUCAACCAGCGAGAUCCAGUGGAGAAAGGCCAUCAGGUCAAGUUGAUGGGCCAUGUGUACAAGGGCGCCGAAGAGGUGAUCAUAUGGUUAGGGCGAGGCGAUGAUAGAACCGGUUCUCUCUUAGACCUAAUCGACUGGGUCGACUGCCGAGCCACCGAAACCCAGGCCAUGGGCAACAAAGAACACUGGGCGGGUCUCUGCCGGCGCUUCCUCGAGCAGCGAUGGAAAGCCUCACUCACGGAAUCCAAAGGGGAUCUACCACAGCUUAAGCAGACUCUCGCAGAAGUACUCGCACAACCGUGGUUCCGGCGGGUCUGGAUUCUCCAAGAAGUAGCCAACGCACGAACGGCGCGAAUCCAAUACGGCUUGCACUCCUGCGCGGCCCGCGCCUUUGCCCUGAUGCCACAGCUCUUCGGGGUGCGCACCAACACACAUGUCCAGGCCAUUCUGGACAUCAUGCCGCGGUUCCGCAAGGGGACAUGGUGGUCAAAAGUCCGGCGGCUCGACGUCCUUUUGCACAAAUUCGCCGCGAGCGAAGCCCUCAUCCCACGGGACAAGAUCUACGCCAUGCUUAGCAUGUCGACCGACGCCUGUGACCCGGACAUCUUCUACCCCUGCUACCGGAAGCCGGAUGACCAGGUCUACCGAGACACGGGCUUCUUCAUGCUCUUUGGCAAAACCAGGGAUCCAACCGUCCCAUUCCCUCGUCUGGAGCUAUCCGACCUGUUAGGCACCAAAAGCCGGGUCGCCGGCCACGUCCUCGCGGCUGCUCUUCAAAAGGUUGGCGGCCCCCGUUGUCCAUGGCGCAGCCUGAUUAGCAACAUUGUCCUCAUCCUCAACAAUGGCAUAGAACGCAAGGACUUUAAACUCAAUGGUGUCCUGGCACCACUCGCCAAAAUGCCGGGUUGCUGGUACUGCGACAGAGACAGCGAUCGCAAAGGGCUCUGUACGGUACAUCGCAUCGUGCUUCCUGAGGAAAAAGUUGACCACGUUGCGGUCAGUUUCGAUCAGGUUGAGGAUCGGCUGGUCUUCAUGGUGGUUGGAAAUUUAUUCUGGCCGCCAACGAUGCCCGUCGGACCCAACACAGUACUCAAGUGUCCGCGACUGCACGGAGAAGACGAGUAUCUGAGUCCUGUUUCUAGCGUCUUCUCGCUUUCCAGCGUCCCCUAG